CGUCCCGCACGCUAUUUCCCGCGGGUCGGGGUCGCCGGCGAGGCGUGGGGACCGGAGAGAGAUACGAGGAGUUGAAAUGACAUAGAAGAGUCUUCCAAGUGCUGACUGCAAAAUGAGCUCCUUCCACUUGAUGCUGAAAGGAGUGGUUAAAUCUGUCUUACAAAGUGGCUUCUCAGGUCUGCUUUUGUCGCUUUCUUGACACAUGUAAUGUUGUCUUUGACAGAAACUUCAUUUUCCAAAGGUAAACUGAAACUCCAAGAAUGAUCAGCUCAUUGGCAAGUUCCAGGAAAACCACAUAAAAGGCAACUAAAUAAAGAGGUAUGAGUGCUUCAUCAGAUGAACUGUCCAAAAGAGUACAUACUUGGAGGUGUCUAUAUUAAAAUGUUGAACUCCGCUCUGUGUCCCUUCCUGCUACCCCAACACUUCAGCAUAUGAAAUGUUUCAAAAGAAGGAACUGUUGUGGCUUAGUUGUCACUAAAGUGAACUACCUUGGAUACAAAAGAGUAAUGCAGAAGACAGUGGAGCUUGAACACUCUUAUCACACUAAUGGAAAUAAAUUCUUUGCAGCAAAAGAUGAUAUCUGCAUUUUUGUUCAUUCUACUGAUACCUCUGCUCAGUGCUGAAGUAUGUGUUAUUUGUGAUUACUUUGUGCUUGUUGGAGAGCCUACAGCUAUUAGUUGUCCAAUAAUUCCAUUGCCUGUGCUUCACCCUGAUUACAAUCUAACAUGGUAUAAAAAUGGUAGUGCUACACCAGUAUCCACUAUGAGGGACGCCAGGAUCCAUCAGCGAGAGGGCUUGCUCUGGUUUAUUCCUGCAAUGCUGGAAGAUUCUGGACUUUAUGAAUGUGUUGUGAGGAGCCUUAACCACUCUGACAAAGAAACUAUACAUUUAACAGUUUUUACGAAUGAUAAUGGCUUGUGUUUUAAUGGAAAAAUGAGGUUUGAACAAAAAGUGAUGAGCAGAAAUACUGGAAAGAUUAUAUGCCCUGAUCUAGAACACUUUAAAGAUGAAGACAAUGAACAGCCUGAAGUACACUGGUAUAAGGAGUGUAAGCCUGGAUUUCUUGAAGACAAGCGACUUAUUUUGGCGAAGGGUGAAAAUUCUGUCUUGAUUCACAACGUAACUGUACAAGACAGAGGAAACUACACGUGCCGUAUGGUCUUCAUGUAUAUGGGGAAACAAUAUAAUGUUUCACGAACCAUGAGCCUGGAGGUUAAAGAAAGACCAGUGCAGAUGAGACCAGAGUUUAUUUAUCCAAAGAACAAUACAAUUGAAGUAGAACUUGGCUCUCAUGUAGUUAUGGAAUGUAAUAUAUCAAGUGGCAUAAAUGGCUUGAUUCCAUUCUGGCAAGUUAAUGAUGAGGAUGUUGAUAGCUUUGAUAGCACCUACAGGGAACACUUUUAUGAUUUCUCUACAGAUAUUUCCUUUUUAUCCAUUUCCAAUCACAGAGAGGGGAAGCCUCAUGGAGUUGCUAUAUCUGGAACAAAAUUUAACAUAUCAAAAGUGGAAGUAAAGGAUUAUGCUCAUAAAUUUUUCUGUCACUUCAUAUAUGGUUCUCAACAAUUUACAGCCUACAUCAAAUUGGAACGCCCAGCUCAGAACAUUCAGGGUUACCUCAUUGGAGGAGGAGUUUCUUUGGUAUUUUUAGUAUUUUUUAUUCUCUUUAUCUACAAGAUCUUCAAAAUUGAUAUUGUGCUUUGGUAUCGGGACUCCUGCCAUCCUUUCCUGGGUAAAAAAGUUUCAGAUGGGAAGAUCUAUGAUGCUUACAUUCUGUAUCCAAGGAACAGAGAGAGUGGCUUGUAUUCAUCAGAUAUUUUUGCUCUGAAGAUACUGCCAGAAGUCUUGGAAAGACAGUGUGGAUAUAACCUCUUUAUAUUUGGGCGAGAUGAUUUACCAGGAGAAGCUGUGAUCAGCGUUGCUGAUGAAAAAAUCCGUCAAAGUAGAAGAGUGAUAGUUGUCUUAGUACCAGAACCCACCUGUUACAGUGUUACAGAAGAUGUGUCUGAAAAGCAUCUAGCCAUGUAUAACGCUCUUAUCCAAGAUGGCAUUAAAGUAAUUCUCAUUGAACUUGAAAAAAUAAAAGAUUAUGAGGACAUGCCUGAAGCCAUCAAAUAUAUUAAGCAAAAGCACGGGGCUAUCCGAUGGAAAGGGGACUUCUCGGAAAGGUCUCACUCGGCAAGUACCAGAUUCUGGAAGAAAGUUCGCUACCACAUGCCAUCCAGAAAAAACACAUCUUCAUCAGGAUUGCAUUUGUUGCCGAAAGACUUCAGUUCUCCCUAAAUAACAACAGAAAAAUGAUGCUGAUCACUUAGGUGAACUGAUGGUUUGACUGAAGGCCACAUGUAUCUGUUUUGUGCAGGCAAUUGAAUCCAGAUUUUCUGGAAUGGAGGUACUAGAACUUUAUCUGCAGAUGUGAAUCGUCCUUUCUUCUGGCCAGCUCAACAGAAUGCCUGGAAAUGUCAUCAGUACCACAGUGAUGACAUGGAAACCAUGUAGGAAGGACAUGAGGCCUUUUCUAAGAGUUGCACUGUGAUUUGGUUGAAUUCUUUUGGUGUUAAAAAUGGAAAGGGAAAAAAACCUAUCAGACCCCAGAAAACUUUUUUUUUUUAAAUUAUUUUUUUAAUUAAAGGUUGAAUAUGAAGGGGACUAUAUUAAUUACAAGUGUGAUACUAUGUAAUGAGCAUAGUCAGUGCCAGUAAAUGUUUUGUUUCAAUUUUUUAAAUGAAAUUACACACAACUUUUUUGUUACAAGUUUGCUGUUUGCCUUGUUCAGUUGGAUGGAAGAUAAAUCCUUGUGUUUUCUGCAUCAGUGUGUUACAAUCCAAGAGAAAAGGUAAGAGAUAAUGCCAGCCCCCCAAAGUGCUAUCGAACCUGACAAAGCAUAAGAACUCUUCCCUGAUAUUUUUUGCGUUUUAAAGAAUUAUUUUUAGUCACUUAUCCUAUGCAGACAUCUUAAAAAAACACCAUUGUAAUGCUUUAUUGAGUAAAAAAAAAUAAUCUCCAGAAGAUUUUUUUUCAGGUUAGUUGCUUAAUAUAUUUGUUCUUAUUACCCAAGUGGAUUACCAAUUGGCUAAUGACACGGUCUCUGCCAGGGGGAGUACGGGAUGGUAGGCUUCAUCCCCCUUACUUUAAAGACCAAAUCAAAGGGCUUCAGGGAACCUUUUUCUUUUGGGUUGCUGUUGCUGAAGGUGAGCAGGCCUGCCCCCUCCAUUCCCAUGUGCUUGCUCUCAUAUCUAUCAGCUCUAAAAGCUAAAUCUGACUGAAAGAACUACUGUGGAAAGUUCCUUUCCUUGGGAUGGUUUUCUCCUAGAUUAGUGAGUUUAUAUGGUUCCCAGAGGCUUCAGAGUGCAAUGGGAGAAGAAAAGGGGUACUGAGGCCAUGCUUGUUAAAUCCGGGUAUAUUCAGAAAGUAGAGCUAAAAUACCAUUGUUGCCCAGUACUGUUUAAAAGGAGAGAGAGAUGCUCUACAGGGCUCUACCCCCCGUAGUGCUUGGAUUUUCUCCUUUUCCUCUCCCGAGGUGAUGUAAGGAAUCUGAGGUGACUUCUGAAUUUUGCUGGGGCUGGAUGCAUUGAGGCUGGAGAUGCAGCUUCUGUGCAGUUGUUUGGAAAAGGAGGUUGUUAAAACUUAAUGUGCAUGUUGAAUCCUUUCUCUGUCCUUACUCUUCUUCCCCCCUCCCCAAACCCAAUAUUAUGAACACCACAAUUUUGUUAAGUCUGCAGUUGUUUGACUUGUGCGUGGGCAGUGAUGGAGACUCUAAUGAUAAUAUUUUUUUUGGGGGGAAGGGAGUAUAUUUGACUGAUUUUUAAAAAAUUAUAAAAUCUAUUUAAUGCCAUGUUUAUGGCUAUGAAUUUUAUAGGAGGAGGAGAUGUGAGAGCCAGAUUGCCUGUGCUUUUCAGUUUGUCCUUGAAAUUUACAUUUUGAAGUUAUGAGAUCUGUUUGUAUAUUGACUGUUACUGCCUUUAACUGCUGCUUGCAACUCUGAAUUCAUGUUCAUGUCCUAUCAGCUGCUUUGUUGCAGCACCUUUUCCUCUCCUCCCCUUCACACUCCAGCCUAUCUCUUCUCAUACAGUUCCCUUACCUUGUAACAAGCUGCUGUCUUAUUGUGUCAAACAUCAUUUUCCUUGAAGGCUGUUGCCAAUGCAGUACUAAGCAGAAUUUUUUCUCUUCAGGUUUGUCCUUUGAUAUCUCCACUUUUUUCAUCAGACAAAAAACCCAACAACAAAUGUUCUGCAUCCUUCAGAAUCAGUCUACUAGUUUUGACACUGCCCAGUUGUGGUUUUUUUUCAUUGCCUUCUCAUGCCUUGAUCCUCAACCAAAUGAAACUGAUACUGUGAGGUGCCCUCCCAUGGAAGAACUGCCCAGUGAAUGUAUGAUGUUGUGACCCUCUUGUUCUGCCUGAUAAGUGGCAAAACCAGUGGAAAUAGAUUCCUCUCACAACUGAUGUGCUUUGGAUACCUCAGCAUAUGCUGGAAAUUUGAAACUCGGCUUGUGAGAGACAGCGCUUUCUGAACUUUGCAAGUUGAGUUUGUGUUUGGUCAGAAUGGAAUAAGAAUCUCUUCAGGAUAGGAGGGGGGAAGUGCAUUUGAAACAUCAGACUAUUUCAAACUGUUAUGGUACUGGAAUGUUUUAUUGAUGAAUGUCAUGUAUGUAUAGAUCAGGGCACGUGCUAAUAUUUAGUUUUCAUUCUGUGUUUUAGUCAGAAGUGUCAAGGGAGAAACAGUUCUGAUCAUGAAGUCUCACAUUCACUUAGCUGUUUUAUACAGUCUGCUUUUAAAUAUAUGUUCAUUGGCAGCCCGUUGUCUGAAGUUACUUACAUCCAUCUGAGCAAGGCCAGUUGUUACAGUUCACAUCGGCAGAAGAAUUCAGUGGGACAGAAGCUGUGUGGCUUGGUCACGAACUUUUCUGUAAGAAUAUCCCUAUAUCAAAUGUGAAGACUAGACACUGGAAGUAUUGUAGUUGCACUCUGAGGACUAGAGUACAAUACUGACUUUGUGCUUCCACCUUGACAGCUUGCAGUUUGCAGGCCAGCCAACAGAGUUGCAGCAUCCUCAGGCCUCCUGAAUUAUUUUUUGCUGACUGGAAUGGAUUGAAUGAAAAACUUCUUGUUAUCCUUAUCUUUAGGGAUAGGAGAGUUAUUUUACUGAGCCAAAAUACUGAUUUUACAAAAAAAUUUGUUCCUUUUGAUAUAUUUAUACAACCAAUGCUAAACUUUUUGUGUAUGUUUUGUACAGACACUUGGAAGGAAGGACCAUUUUUGUAAAUUCAAUAAAGGCACUACAUUUUUUUUUCCUACA